AUGGGAAAUUACUGCUGCACAAGUCGUAUUCGUCCAAAAUCUGAAUCAAUAUCUAAACCACAUAGCCGUUCUCCUUCGAGAGAACUUACUCCCCCCCCCUCCGUGAGUGAACAAAAAAAAUUUUGUUCACUCACGGAGGGGGGUUAAUUUUUUUUUUUAAAAAAUUUAUAUAUAAAUUUUUUAAAAAAAAUUUUUUUUUCGAAAUUUAAAAAAAUCCUAAUUCACAAAAAUUGGAAAGCAAAUAUUAAUUUAAUUUAUAAAAUUUACGUUUAAAUAGCAAUUCAUUUAAAAUUAAACAGAAUUAGCUCUAAAUUCCAUUAUAUUAAUUAUCAUUUAGAUAUCAAAUUUUUUUUUCCAUAAAAAAUUUUUCUAUUAAAAAAAUUUUUGUUCACUCACGGAGGGUGGGUUUUUUUGGCAAAAAAUAGGGAUUUUUCUAAUGGUUUUGUUCACUCACGGAGGGGGGGGGAGUUAGUAAAAAAUCUACAAUGACUUCAAUAAAAAGUGGUAAAACGAGUCCACGCAAACUACAAAAGCAAAAACCUAAAAAAGAAAUUGAUGACAUAUGGCUUCAAUCUAAUUCUUCGAAGGACACAAAAAACACUAAAAAAAGGCAUAAAACUACAGCAUCUUCUUUUCCCUUAGAAUUACUAGAAACCCCUAACUCCCUCUCCGAGAACGAACAAAAAUAUUUUGUUCGGAGUUAAUUUUGUUUUAAAAAAUUAUAUAAAUAUUUAUAGUAAAAUUUUUUUAUUAAUUUAAAAAAAAAUCUUAAUUCGCAAAAAUGGAAGCAAAUAUUAAUUUAGGUGUGAAAUUUAUGCUUAAAAUGCAAGCUAAAAGUAAACAGAAUAAGCUAGAGAUUUCAUGUUACUAAAAAUCACUUAUAUAUCAAAAAUUUUCAUAAAAAAUUUUUUGUUCGUCUGCGGAGGGUGGGGUUUUUAGGCAAAAAUAGGGAUUUUCCCAAUGGCUCUACUCACUUAUAGAGGAUAGUAAGCAAAAUGCGCUUAAGAAAUUACCUUCGCCAAUUACUGAGGCUCCAUCAAAUGAUGAGUUAUCAGACUCGUUCUAUCAUCGAAAAUCUAUGUCUUUUAACGAUUUUAGUAAGACAAUCUUAGACGAGUCCUCUGAAGAGCUUGAAUACUUUUUAGAGCAGGCAAAAUCGCUUCCUCAAGCAGACAGAAAAAAGAUAUUAACUCUCUUAAAUAUUUAUAAAAGUGAAAUUCCAGAAGACCAAGAAGAAGUUUUUGAUGGUUUUGCAGACAUUGUGCUGCAUGAAUCAUCAAAUUACACGAAGGAAAUGAGACUUCUGUUAACGUCUCACGCAAUUUAUAUUGUGAGCAGCAAAGAUAUCAGCAGCCUAAACAGAAGAAUCAAUUUAUUAAAUAUCAGCUUAAUCUCAACAGAAAAAUCCUUAACAAAUGCAAUAUUCCAUCUGGUUAAAUCUGAGCUCCAAGGGGAUUUAUGGAUAUCCUGCAGCAAUUUAAUAGAGGUCAUCAAAGGGGUUGAAUCUGUAUAUCAGCAUCUCAUGAGAAGGUAUGUCCCAAUAUUGAAAAAUCCAUCAUUAGGAAAUUUGAAAAGUAAAUUCAAUUCAAUGAGCCAAAUGACGAUUCAGUCGAAUUUGGCUGAUGAAAUGAUAAAAUUUUCAAAUGCUAUAAUUGGAGAUGGAAGGAUAGGGGAAAAUAUAGUUUUUCAUAGGAAAACCAGAAGACUCACAAACAGAAGAGCAGAAUUAGACUGUAUCGCUUUGCUUACAGACAUGGCACUUUACUGUUUGAAUGUAGAAUACAAAAUAGAGUCAAGACUUGAGCUAAAAGAUAUAAAAGAAGUUACAUUAUCUGAGUCUUAAUUAAUUUAUACACAUUUGACGUCAAAUAUAGAAACCUCCUUGGAGUGGCGCUGCAAGCGCAGGCCACUCCAUGCGGAAUUCAUGGGUUGGUCGAACCAACGCACAGUUUUGGCUCGACCAACUCCUAUGUUGGUUAAACCAACACAGGAAUUCCGCAUGGAGUGGCCUGCGCUUGCAGCGCCACUCCAAGAAAAGAAGUAUACCAGGCUGCUUGACCACAGCUACCUGUAAUACCGCUCUGGGGUGAAUUUCGUGCCAUUUUCCUAGGGCCACCAAAAGAGGAAGCCAGUCUUGAAGUUUGGGCUUCAACGAAUACAUUAUCUGAAUCAAUGGACCAAGUUAUUAUUCAAAGAGCAAAUGGAGAUGAAGAAUUGUGGGUACUCCCAUCAAAAUUUGUGACAGAGCUAGAAAAAGCUAUUGCAGGUACAAAACAAAAAAGACUUACAGUAGUGAUUGGCAAUAAAUCAGAGAUGAAUGAUUUUGUAAAAAGUAUUCAAUAAAGGUGAAUAAUUUAUUACCAAAAUUUUGUUUUAUUUAUUAGGAAAUUAAUUGUUUAUAUUAUUAGUUCUCAAUAA